UUUACAGUGAAGAAAGCUCAAAUCAGUGGACUCUCUCUCUCUCUUGAUUAGUCAUUUUUCUCGCUCUUACUUUCUCUGCAAUCAAAAGAAAUGCCGCUGCCAGACAAUGAGAUGAAAUACUGAUAAAGGAUUGGAGAAAGCGGAGCUCUGUUUACCAUUUACUACUCCAUCAUUGCACUCGAAUCUAGUUGUUGGGGUUUGCUUGAUCAAGAGGCAGUCUGUUGAUAGCUCUCUCCAGCUAUGGUUCUCGGGCUUAGAUCGAAGCACCGGAGAGGGGCUUUGGCUAAGGUGGAGUACAUUUUCCAUGUACAAGAGAUAAGGCCUUGGCCUCCUUCAGAAUCCCUAAAAUCUGUCCAACAAGUGUUGCUUCAAUGGGAAAAUGGCAGCCGGUAUUCGGGGUCGUUUCUUUCUGCUGCUCAGAAUUCGAAAGUCGUCUUCACAGAGUCUUUCAAGCUUACAUUGGUUUUUUUUGCUGAUAAGAAGUCUCAAGAUAAGUUUCAGAUGAACAAUUUGAAGUUUAGCUUGUUUGUGCCGCGUAAGGAUAGGGCUAAAGGGCAGCUUCUUGGGACGGCUGUGCUAAACCUUGCAGAUUAUGGAGUGAUAGAGAGUUUAUUAAGCAUUAAUGUUCCGUUGAACAUGAAGAGGAGCUCCAAUGGCUCGGUGCAACCGGCUCUGGUGAUUGGUUUGGAGCCGGUUGAGAAGGAGAGCUCUAACUCAUCUCCUAGUGUUGGCCUAUCGAAGCAAACAUCUUUGGAUAAUGAUAAUGAUGACCUGGAAAUUGCUUCGAUUACAGACGAUGAUGAUGAUGCUUCUUCCCGAUCAUCAAGGACUGCGGGGUCAUCUGCCUUUGAGGUUGGAACAUCUUCACCAUCUCAGAGUGAGAAGAAUGGACAUGGAUAUGCUGCAUAUGACUCAGAGAAGAAGAGGAAUGGGAGACUACCACCCACUGAUACAUCAUCAGAGACUUGGAAGCAAGAAACUGAUAAUGAUUUUCCUUUGAAGUUUCGUGAGCGAAGCAUGACAUCUGUCGAGAAGAACUCUGAGACCGCCCUCCUAAGAACUUUUCCCUCAUCCGUAAGUCGCCAAGAUGCAAAUGCAAAAGCCAACUCUGUAGUUGCAUCUUUUGUGCAGGAAAGUGCCUCCUCUAGUUCUCAUGAAGUUAUUCCUAAGUAUGAGCAUAAACGUAUUGGAAAAAAGCACGUGGCCGACUCUGCCAACUCUCUGGGCUACCAUGCUACUCAAGCAACUGAGUUACUUGAGGAUAGUGAUCAAACACACGAUCCACUUGCUAGCAUGGUGAGUGCUGAGGAGAAAAAGAAACCAGAUGACCAUAUCAUAGAGGAGAUGGCACAUUCUACGGAUAAUAUAUUAGUUCAGCACAUGUCAGAAGAUGCUGUCAGAGGACAGGCAACAGGGAUGAGUGAGAAAGCACCAGAAGUUCCACUAUCAAGCAGUAUGAAAGCUCAGAAUGUGAGAUCUGUCCGUAAACAUAGUUUGUUUGAAGGAACCGAAGACAUUUAUGCCGGGGAAAAUGAGCUUAACCCAGACAUAGCAUAUGCCUCUCAAAAGAAAGGUGGACUUGGUGUAGUAAUAGAGCCAAAGACGGAACUACCAGACUUCAGAGAUGAAUCGAAAACAAGAAUUGAAUUACCGUAUGCCUCUAAAAAGAAAAGUGAACAUGGUGUAGCAAUAGAGCCAACGACCGAACCCCCAGAUUGCAGAGAUGAAUGGAAAACAACAAUUCAGAUGCUUCGGGAGGAAUUAAGGGAAGCAGCAGCUACUGAGGUUGGAUUGUAUUCCAUAGUUGCCGAACAUGCAAGUUCAGUAAAUAAGGUCCACACCCCAGCUCGACGUCUGUCCAGAUUUUAUAUUGAUGCUUGCAAAGCAGGCUCUCAAGCUAAAAGGGCAAGUGCAGCAAGAGCGGCGGUCUCUGGAUUAGUUUUGGUUUCUAAAUCAUGUGGGCAUGAUGUUCCAAGGUUGACGUUCUGGUUAUCGAACUCGAUAAUGUUGAGGGCCAUUGUCAGCCAAACUGCUGCAGAGUUAUCAAAUUGCAGUAGAUCAGAAAGCAAAAGUAAUGGCUCUUGGUCUGGAUUAACAUCGAAGGAUUCCUCCCAUUUGGAGCGAGAGCAAUCUACUUCAAUUAAUGAAUCUGAUGAUAAGGAAGAUGUCUCAACAUUUAUUAUUGCAUUAGAAAAAGUUGAAUCUUGGCUUUUCUCUCGAAUAAUAGAAUCUUUAUGGUGGCAGACUUUUACACCGCAUAUGCAACCUACAGUUGCAAAAGUUAGUGGUAUCAGCCCACGCUCAGGGACGAAGAAGACAUGUGGAAGAAGAAACAGUUUGGGUAACCCUGAACAGCAGAAUUUCUCUAUCGAGUUAUGGGAGAAAGCAUUCAAAGAAGCCCGUGAAAGGCUUUGUCCACUGCGAGCAGGAGGACAUGAGUGCGGCUGCUUGUCUGUGCUGGUUAGACUGGUAAUGGAGCAAUUGAUUGAUAGGCUGGAUAUGGCAAUGUUCAAUGCUAUUCUACGCGAAUCUGCUGAAGAAAUGCCUACCGAUCCCAUCUCAGAUCCGAUCAGUGAAUCUAAAGUGCUGCCAAUACCACAUGGGCAGUCAAGCUUUGGUGCUGGUGUGGAACUAAAAAACUCUAUUGGGAACUGGUCAAGAUGGCUUACUGAUCUCUUUGGCCUAGAAGAUGACUCGACCGAGCAUGGGGGUGUUUGCAGGGAUGGGAAAUCAUUCAAGGCGUUUCGUCUCCUCCACUCUUUGAGUGAUCUCAUGAUGCUACCUUUCGGAAUGCUUGCUGACCCUUCUACAAGAAAAGAAGUCUGCCCAUUAUUUGGUCCUACAAUAAUUAAACGGGUGCUGAAUAGCUUCGUACCAGACGAAUUCUGUCCAGAUCCCAUUCCACAGAGCAUCAUCGAUGCCCUCGAAACUGAGGAGGAAUCAGAUGCUUCAGAAGACAUACUCACAAGCUUUCCUUGCACUGCAAAUCGUACAAAAUAUACACCUCCUUCAGCAGCUUUACUAACUUGUGUGGGAGAAGUUGGUAGCCAAGUGAUCCAGAGCAGCAGACUAUCAUCACUCAAGAAAUCCUACAAUAGUGAUGAUGAACUAGAUGAGCUCGACUCAUCUUUCACGUCUAUCGUCCCAGAUAGCUUCCAGAGCUCUGCUCUGGCAAAGCUCGCCUCGAUGGCAACGGAGAAGGGAGGCAGAAGUGUUGUCAGGUAUCAGCUAUUGAGGGAGAUAUGGAAAGAUGAAUAGGGUCUCAUAACUUUAUUCUAUGUAUAUGUUUGUACACAUCUGUAUAAAUUUUGAGGACUCAAGACAGUUUUAAAUUGUCUGAAUUCAUCUCUCAAACUGUCACACACAA